GUCAAGCGUAUAAAAGUCCCACUCCAGUCUUACCCACACAUUGACUCUUGAGGAUCUUUCAGGCAAGACUUUACUGAUAUCCAAAGACAACUCUUUUUACGACCGUGCAAGAACGUUUCUGAGGAGACAUGGUGGCAGCUGGCCUUCAGAUUAUGGGCAUUGCCCUGUGCAUUUUCGGCUGGAUUGGGGCUAUCAUUGCCUGUGCCCUGCCCAUGUGGAAGGUGACGGCCUUUGUCGGACAGAACAUCGUGACCGCUCAGACGACGUGGGAGGGCAUCUGGAUGAGCUGCGUGGUCCAAAGCACGGGCCAGAUGCAGUGUAAAGUUUAUGAUUCCAUGUUGGCCCUCGACCAGGACCUCCAGGCUGCCCGUGCCCUCCUCAUCAUCUGCAUCCUCAUUUCCAUCAUUGGCAUCAUCCUAGCCAUAGCAGGAGGUAAAUGCACCAACUGUGUGGAGGAUGAGGUCUCCAAAGCCAAGAUCUGUGUGGCAGCUGGAGCAGUCUUCAUCAUUGCCGGGAUUUUGUGCCUCAUCCCUGUGUCCUGGACGGCUAACACCAUCAUCAGCAACUUCUACAAUCCACUGUUGGCUGGUUCUCAGAAGAGAGAGCUGGGAGCUGCUCUCUUCAUUGGUUGGGGAGCUGCUGCGCUCCUCAUCAUCGGUGGUGGACUUCUCUGUGCCAACUGUCCUCCCAAGGAUAACUACUCUGCCAAAUACUCAGCCCCCCGUUCAUCCGCACCAAAGGGCUACGUUUGAGAACACCAAGAGACUCAAAAAUAGACUCAAAUGGCAUUUUGGUCCAUAUGUUUUUCAUUUAUAUUGUCACAAAACGUGUGAUGUCGGUUUUAAUUUGUGUGUAAAGUACGGUUUGACACUUUCAUGUGGAGCUUUGGCACGUCAGGAUGUCAAAAUGAAGCUAUGAGACAUGAACCACACCCAACCAAUGGUUUAUUACAGACAGCAUUCCAAAACUCUGUCACAGGAGAGAAUGGUUUAUGUGCUGUAAAAAUAUGUGCUUGUUUUGUGCAUGCUAAUUUUGUGCAUUUUUUUUAUUUUUUAUCAAUUUGUACCUUUUUAUAUUCUGUUUUAUUGAGAUGUGAGGACUAUAUAUGACUGUGUGAAAUUGUAAAUAAAAUGUUUUCGAACUUAC